CCGCAUAAAGUCUAUUCCCUAAUGUUCUAACCCUUUUCCCCCCUUCUCAAAUCGAUAAAGCUUCCCCACCCAAAGAUAGUUCGUUGCCGACGGGAGGAUAUCGGCGAGCCACAGCUAAUCGGCGACGCGAGUACCUUUUUGUUGACGCGAGUACCUUUCUGUUUCAGCUGUGUGUCAUUUAAUUUGAUGGUGGGUUUGUUUCAAGAUUAAGAGUUCACCUAUUUUUGUGUCGAAUUUUUACGAUCGUUUGAAGGUCGUGGAUUUUUAGGAUUUCAUGUCACAAAUUCUUAUUCAAUCUUGUUUUGCAGUAUGGAGGGCCUUUUUCUGAAACGCUAUCACACCGCUAGUUGUAAUAGGAAUUACUUAUCGUUACUUUCUGGGGAAGACUGGUCUGUGUGUGAAAAUCAUGAAACUAUCAUGCUUCCUUUCGCUAGAAAUUCUAAUAUUGAUGGUAGUAGUUGUGGUGGGUUGAUGUAUUUUGACAACUUUGGGGGUAGGAUUAUAAUUUGCAAUCCAGCGACCAAAACUUUCGAACCCCUUGAUCCGCCCAAGUUCCCACACCCUCCUAUUAUGAUAAUUUUCUGUGGUAGUGGAUUUGGAUACGACCCUAUAUUGGAUGAUUAUAAGGUUGUAAGACAUUACUAUCAUAGUUACUUCGGGUGUAUAAAGAACCCAGGUCGUGAUUCGAAGCAUGUAGUUGAGGUAUUUUCGCUGAAAAAUCAUUUUUGGAAGGAGAUUGAGGGCCCCGUUGUGGAUGAUGAUCUCAUUCCUACAGAUUGUAUGACUGGCAUUCAUGUUGAUGGGGUUUGUUAUUGGACAUCAUGUAUAUGUGUUAUAUCAUUCGAUUUUACGGAUGAAUGUUUCUCCUCCUUUGAUUUACCAAUGAAGAAUCAGGACGAGGAUUUCUUGCAUUAUCUUAUCAAAGUUACUGACAUGCUGGGUGUUUUUCGCUAUGAGAGACCUCCACCACUUGGUCCCGAGUAUGUUGGAUUUUCUACCACUUUUGAGCUUCUGGUAAGGAAAGAAAGCUCAUGGGUUCCUUGGUGUAAUAUUGAUCUUUAUAAUGUUGUGAGGAGGCCGCUACUACUGUUCAAUGAAGGUCAAAUUUUGUUUCUUGAAAAACAAGUUAGUGAGCAUCUCUACCAACUAGUAGUUUAUGAUUUCAAAACAGAGAAGUUGGAGGAACUAGAUAUAUAUGAUUAUCCUGAACAGAUGACGAUCAUGCCUUAUGUUGAGACCAGAUUUUCGCUACGAUAUCCAAAACCAAUGGAUGGAUCAUAUAGUAAGGAUGAGGAGAAGGAGGAGAACAAUGACAGGAUAUUGGAGUGGAGGAGGAAGAGGUGGAUGAGGAUCAGGAAGAUAAAGAGGAGGACAAAGAUCAUGAUGAUGAUUCGCCCCAAGUGGUGGAUAAUGUUGAAGACCUAUGUGAAGAGGGCGAUCAGGGCUGAUUCAAUGUACAAUGAUUAAAGUUAUGUUAGAAUGAUUAGUAGUGUUAGAAUUGGCUCAAUAAUAGGCAUAAGUGUUUAGCGAGAUGAGAGCUUUUGCUUAGAAUGCAAUUUUAGUGUUUUGCUACUGUGGGCUUUUGCAAUUGAGCUUUUUCAUGCAAAAAUUUUUAGUGUUUUGCUACUGUGGGCUUUUGCAAUUGAGCUUUUUCAUGCAAAAAUUAGUGAAAAUGGAAGUUUCUUGA